CAGUGUGUGGGGGACCUAUAUAAAAGGCACGGCUCGCAGGGACGCUGCACGACGCCAGGGAGAGAAGUCAGCUGCGGUCCAGUGCCUACAAAGACUACCAUGGCCAAGGAGUGGGGCUACGCCAGCCACAACGGUCCUGACCACUGGCAUGAACUUUAUCCCAAUGCCAAGGGAGACAAACAGUCGCCCAUCGAACUGCAUACUAAAGACAUCAGGCACGACCCUUCUCUGCUGCCGUGGUCCGCUUCUUACGAUCCUGGCUCUUGCAAGACCAUCUUGAACAAUGGCAAGACCUGCAGGGUUGUGUUUGACGAUACCUAUGACAGGUCAAUGCUGAGGGGUGGUCCUCUCACUGGACCCUACCGGCUUCGCCAGUUUCAUCUUCACUGGGGCGCCUCUGACGACCAUGGCUCUGAGCACACUGUGGAUGGAGUCAAGUAUGCAGCAGAGCUUCAUUUGGUUCACUGGAAUCCAAAGUAUAACACUUACGGAGAAGCUCUCAAGCAACCCGAUGGGAUAGCUGUGGUUGGCGUUUUUCUGAAGAUAGGACGUGAGAAAGGCGAGUUCGAGGUGUUCCUUGACGCAUUGGACAAAGUUAAGACAAAGGGCAAGGAGGCGCCCUUCACAAGGUUCGACCCAUCCUGCCUGUUCCCCGCCUGCCGUGACUACUGGACCUACCAAGGCUCCUUCACCACGCCGCCCUGCGAGGAGUGCAUCGUGUGGCUCCUGAUGAAGGAGCCCAUCACUGUGAGCUCCGACCAGAUGGCAAAGCUGCGGAGCCUCUUCUCCAGCGCUGAGAAUGAGCCCCCAGUGCCCCUGGUGGGGAACUGGCGUCCUCCACAGCCGAUCAAGGGCAGGGUGGUGAGAGCCUCCUUCAAAUGAGGCCUCUGGAGCUUGCCCUCUUCAGGAAAGGAAACCUGCCAUUGGAGAGCUUGGUUUCUUGUCUCCUUUUGGUGCUCCUUACUCCAAGUAUAUUUCAACUUUCCACACUGAGCAAUGAAUGCAAGAGCGCAAUAGCCGAGAAUCCAAAGUUACUUUUGACAAGAUGUAAUAUGAAAGCAUUUGGCCUUUGUAAUAAUCAUCUUUCCUAUAAAGCGGCAUUGUUUGUAAGGUUUCAAAGAAGAAACAGGUGGAAGAGUAAAGAUAUAGAAAAAUGGGUAUUGGGCACCAUUUUUCUGUCAUCUCAAAUUUCACAGAAUUUCAGUUUUACUAUUUUCAUAUUUUGAGUUGUCCAUCUUAAAGAAAUAAUGAGUAAUUCUCUAUGUAGGAGUAGACGUGUAUGAAGAUCAUAGAGCAAUUAAACAUAAGCCAGAAAUUAAAAUGACUAUGCACACCAAGCCAUGAUAAAACCAACAAGAGGUCCAUUAUUUAUUACAAUUCUAGCUACUGUAGGGAUUAUCUGGUUUUGAUUAUCAGUGAAAGGAAAACACAUUCAACUGGGAGUUUUAAAAAUUUGAUCCAGUAUUUGAAUCUCUUCUUCAUAAAGAUGGUUGACUUUAUCCUAACAUUUUUCUUUACCUGAAGGAGGGCCAUUUAUUUUUAAUUUUACUACUUUUCUCUUUGCAUGCUUAUUAAAAUAAAAAUUGUCUCUGAUAUCUUUCUAACUUGAGGGUGGAAUAGUAAGUCCUAGAACACAAAGGAGUGAAUGCACUUGAAGUGAAAGCCGUUGUACCGACCAUCGAAAUUAAUAAAGACAUGAAUGAAAAAAAAA